ACCGACUUGGGCCCAAUGCCAGGAUGGAGCGCAGAAUUGAGGCGCAUGGCCAAUGUGUGUCUGCUGGACAACAAGGCGUGCGUGCUGUGGUGGGGUCCCCAGCGCAUCGCCGUAUACAACGAGGCAUAUUCCCACGUCGUGGCGCACAAGCAUCCAUCGGCGCUGGGCAAGACUGUGGAGCAGAUAUGGCCGGAGCUGGUCGAUUUGCCGUAUGGAAGAAGCUUCGAUCUCGCAGACACCACCGGAGCCGCAUCGUAUGGAGAGCGGAAACCAUUUUACGUCGACCGAGCUGGGUAUCUGGAAGAGGUUUGGGCAUCAUGGGUCAAUAUCCCCAUCCCGGGCCCCACUGGCAAUCUAGGUGUCUUCAACACCGUCACCGAUGUCACGCAGGAAGUCGUUUACACCAGAAGAAUAGCGACUCUACAGACGCUCGACCAGCACACCGCCAACGUGGACACCGUUUCGUCGUACUGGACUGCAGUCUUGCGAGGUCUGGGCAAGAACGAUCGAGAAGUGCCAUUCGCAGCCUUGUACGGACCCGUCGGACAUGAUGCACGACGAGCUUCCGUGCAGUCGACAUCGACCUCACAAGACGCCGAUGCGGGGUCUGUCUCCGACCACAAUUCCAUCUUUUCAGGCACAGAGUGGACGAUGGAAGGCGUGAUCGGCGUGCGACCGCCUCCCCACCUCCAUGGCUUACCUCAAAGGGUCGACCUCGAUUCUGGCUGCGAGAUACUGUCGCCGCUGUUCAGAGAGUGUAUGGAGUCCCAGAAAUUGAUCCUGCUCAGCAUCGCCGACGGAACCAUGUGUCCCGUCCUUCAAGAAGCCGCCAAGUCGCGCGCGUUCGAUGGGGACCAAUGCAGAAACGCAGUCAUCAUGCCCAUCUGGUCGAAGUAUCAAGAGCACCGGUCUGGCUUUCUCAUACUGGGACUGAAUACGAGGCGAGAAUACAAUGCUGCAUAUCAACAAUUCAUUCGACUGCUGCAUCAGCAAUUGACCACCUCACUUUCUACCUUGGUCAUGGCAGAGGACGAAGCCCGACGGAAUCGCGUGGCAGCCAGACUUGCUGCUCGUGAUCGCAUUCGUCUUGUGGAGUCUCUCGCGAAGAGCCAGCAGGUAGCCGAGCAUAGCGAAACUCGUUUCCGAAGCAUGGCAGACUUGGCACCUAUCGGUAUUUUCGAGUUUGACACCAAGGGUAGCCUGCUGUACGCGAAUCAACGCUUCCUCGAGAUGACGAACUGCGCUAUCGACAAGGCGCCAGACAUACCAUCGCUGAACCUGGCACUUCACGAAGACGACCGGGCAUAUUCUUUGCAGCAAUGGAGCAAGCUGUUGUCUGGAGAGCAGGUAUCAUUCGAGGCAAGACUGAACAGACCGUUCAUAACUGAUGAGGUAUACGGUGGAGAACGCAUGACGGGUGAGACCUGGGUGCUCACCGCUGCAUAUGCCAUGCGUGACGAUAAUGACGGGCCUCACGGCGAUGGAGUGAAGGGUGUGUUUGGAUGUCUUGUCGACAUUAGCCGACAGAAAUGGAUGGAGGGCUUCCAAGAACGACAGGUGAAGGAACAGCUCGAACGACGACGACAGCAGGAGAACUUUAUGGACUCGACGAAUCACGAAGCAAGAAACCCACUCGCAGCGAUCACGUUAUGCGCCGACGACGUGUACACGACAGUAAACCGCCUUCUCUCACAAUCAGCGAAUGGGCAGCUCACGCUGGAUCGUGAUAAUGCCAUAGCUAUCCUGGAGAGUGUCGAGACCAUCAUGACUUGCGCAAAGCACCAGAAGCGCAUCAUAGACGAUGUGUUGACGAUCAGUAAACUUGACAGCCAGAUGCUAACAGUAAAUCCUGCGCCGAUGAGACCUACAGAUGUGGUCACACAGGCGCUCAAGAUGUUCAAGGGCGAGCUCCAACGAAGCGAUGUGGAGAUGCAGUAUUCGAUCGGAUCCUCAUAUCAGGCCUGCGAGGUCAAUUGGGUCCUGCUCGAUUCUACUCGCUUCCUUCAGAUCCUGGUCAACCUUCUCACAAACGCGAUCAAGUUCACGAAACACGAGAGUUCGCGAAAGGUGGUGGUGCGACUAAAUGCAAGCCCUGUGCGGCCGACGGAUGCAGAUUGUGGUGUGCGCUUUGCACCGACGACGUCGAGAAUGACCUCGGUGUCGUCGGAAGAGGACUGCGUAUAUUUGUGCAUCACCAUCAAAGACACGGGACCUGGCAUCGUUGAAGAAGAAUUGCAGAAUCUGUUCCAGCGAUUCCAGCAAGCCUCGCCGAAGACAUAUGCACAGUAUGGAGGUUCAGGUCUGGGCUUGUGGAUCUCAAAGGAGCUCUGUGCGAAGCUGGGCGGCCAGAUUGGUGUUGCUUCUAACACCGCAGGCUUCCUCCAACCCAGUCAAGAGAGCGGCUGCACAUUCUGCUUCUACGUACAAGCACCUCGCUGUGCCGCACCGCGACCCGAACGACCAGCCCCACAACGACAGUCUCCUGGAGAUGACUCUCCUAAAGCCAUCGAUGCGAAUGGAAUCUCGAUGUUGGACGAGGGCAUUGCCGCAAUUCAAGCGCACCUCGAAUCACCUCCCACUUCCGCGAAAGAUGAAAUCAUGGUCGACCAGCCGAAAGUGUCCUCGGAUGCCACAGACAUGAACGUGCUCAUUGUAGAAGACAAUCUCGUCAACCAGCGCGUCAUGCGCAAACAACUCACUCGAGCCGGCUUCCGAGUAACAGUCGCGAAUCACGGUAGGGAAGCGCUCGACUGUCUACAUCCUGCCGGCACCAAUCCAGCCAAAAUCGGAGUCGUGUUGAUGGACAUCGAAAUGCCGGUGAUGGGAGGACUGGAAUGUACUCGCAUCAUUCGACUACGAGAACGGGAAUCACAACGGACAUCUCGAAUGCCCAUCUUAGGCGUGACGGCGAACGCACGAGCAGAGCAGCAGGCCGAAGCUAUAGACGCGGGUAUGGAUCGAGUGGUGACAAAACCUUUCCACAUGUCGGAAUUAUUACCUGCCAUAGAG